GCAGACUCUUGCAGCUGAACACAGAAAGUGCCUGUGGUCGCGCGAGUCUCCGUCAAUGCUGUAUUCAUUCUGUCUCAGAGGAGCAAGAUGGUGGCUGUACAAAAGGAUUACUGGUACUUCUUGGUACUCAUGAUGCUGCUCUGUUUUCUGAAAGGCUCAGUUCAGAUGAAAGCUCCAGAAUCAUCAGUUGUCCUGCAGGAGGGAAUGAUCCUGGACUGCUUGUGUCCAUGGACUGGCCAGCUCAUUAUGGUCUCCUGGUCUAAAAAGCCUAUUUUAAAACCUAUAGCCGUUUAUCACCCUCAGUAUGGCACUAACUUUGGGUCGUCUUAUGAAGGAAGAGUGGAGUUUCUGAAGAGCACUGCGAUGGAUGGUAGCAUUUCCAUAAUGAACGUGACUGAAGGCGACAUUGGCCAGUAUCACUGCUCUCUGCAGACCUAUCCUCAGGGUUCAUGGACCAAAGACACUUUUGUCCAAAAAGCAGCAAUCACCACCUCCAUCUCUAUCCAGGCAGACACUAAGUUGGUAGUUGCCGAGAAUGACAACCUGACCAUUAUGUGUGACCUUGUCCAUGAUGGUAAGAUUUACCAAGUCAGCAUAGAGAAGCUGGACACUGAGGAGGGCAGCAGCAAUAUAAUAGCCACAUGUGAGAUGCUGGAGGAUGGUGUGGAGCUGAGAAACUUCAGCAACAGAGGACUACUGAACUGCAGUGAGGAUAUGGAGGUCAGUCUACAUCUCACCAAUAUCAUCAAAGAAGAUGGAGGACUGUACCGCUGCAACUUCAGCACAAACACUGGCGUCCAGUCCACUACUGUUCUGCUAACCACUAUACCUGCUCAAGAUUUUCCAGGUCUUCAUCAUAUGCUGUAUGUGUAUAUUGGAGGAGGGGUGAUUGGUGUCGUUGCUCUGAUGACUUUGUUGCUAACGUGGUUGAACAGGAUGAAGAGGAAGAAAGAGGAGUACAGGAUCAAACUGCACCCUGCCAAAAGACAGCGUAACCCAUACGACCAGAGCUGUGUGUAUGACAGGAUGAAAAAAGGCACCAGAACCAGGGCUAAAGAUAAAGAAAUAUACAUGAACUUUCAGAUAGUGAGAGCUCACGCUAAACACAAGCGAUGACACUCCGCCAUCCAGAGCACUAACAAAUAACUCAGAAAAGCAACAUCACUGCCAGCAAAUGCUUUUGCACCUGAAUACUAAUGCAUGGAUCAAGGGGAAUAGUUGCUAAUUAUGUGGAAGAUGAAUGCAUCUGUGUGCGUAAUUUGUCAUUUGAUGAAGCACUACCACCAUCAUCCUCAUCUUCAUCACUGCAUUACCCAUUCAGGCCUGGCAUGAGCUCACUUUACAUGGGAUUUCAUUGCAUAAUGGUGCUGGAUUUUGGCUGCUCUUGACCACAUUGUGGCAAAUGUGAAGUUUGUUUGACAGAAAUGGAAAUACCAGCCUGAAGAGUGAAAACUCCUGGAGAUGAACCCUGGUGAACUGACAAUGCUCAGCUUUUAGGCAUGAUGUGAUUUGCUUUGUGAGACGUGAUGAUUUAGAUCAUUUAAGUUGCUUGAGGACGGAAGAUUGAACAUGGAAACAAUGAAUGAAACAAAUCACAGUUUUGUUUACUCAUCUGUCAUUGAUCUCACAAAUCAAUCUGUACAAAUCAAAACUUAGGCCUGCUAGUCUAAAAAAACACACAUAUGAGACUGUAUUAUGCCUGAAUGAUGAUGUGACUCAUAAACAAAAUUAACAGAC